CUCACCCACUUUCAUACCCUACUUAUAAAAACACAUCUUUUCAACACUUAAGAUGCAACACAACUGCAAAGCUUUCUGAGGAGAGAAACAAAGAGAAUAAUAUAUAGUCAGGGAAACAAAGAGCUAGUUACAGAAAUGGGUUCAUUGGGUUGUGCAACUCAAGUUACACAUGUUGUAUGCGUACCAUUUCCAUCACAAGGUCACAUUAGUCCAAUGCUAAAACUAGCAAAACUUCUUCACAGCAAAGGAAUUCAUAUCACUUUUGUCAAUACAGAAUUCAAUCACAAACGUUUAAUCAAGUCAAGAGGAAAUGAUUCGGUUAAAGGUUUAUCUGAUUUCCAGUUCCAUACAAUUCCAGAUGGAUUACCGCCAACUGAUGUUGAAUCAACACAAGAUAUACCUUCUCUUGCUGUAUCCACCAAGAAAAACUGUGGAGUUCCGUUUCAAAAUCUCCUGACGAAACUUAACGAAACAUCCGAUAUUCCUCAUGUUAGUUGCGUGGUCUCUGAUGGGUGUAUGAGUUUUACACUUGCAGUUGCUAAAGAAUUUGGUUUCCCUGUGUACCUGUUUUGGACUAUUAGUGCUUGUGGUUUCAUGGCUUAUCUCCAUUACCGUCAUCUCCUCGAGAAAGGUCUCAUUCCGCUCAAAGAUGAGAGCUGUCUAACUAAUGGGUACCUUGAAACUGUAGUCGAUUUUGUUCCAGGAUUUAACAAUAUCCGGCUAAUGGAUUUCCCUGCAUUUGCACGAACAACUGACCCCAAGGACAAAAUGAUCGACCACAUUCUCGGAGAAACAGAAAAUGCAACAAAUGGGUCUGGUAUUAUCUAGAACACAUUUGAUGAGUUAGAGAAGGAAGUUGUAGACGCAAUGCGGCGUUCCGGGAAAUUAUCAUUACCUCCUAUCUAUACCCUUGGUGCUCUUCAUUUACUUACCAAUAAAAUUCAGCAAACUGAUGAGAUAAAGCUUAUUGGGUCUAAUCUAUGGAAAGAAGAACCAGAGUGUCUAGAAUGGCUCGAUACAAAAGAAAGAAACUCAGUCGUUUACGUGAAUUUUGGAAGUAUCACCGUCAUGACGAAACAACAAUUGGUUGAAUUCGCAUGGGGACUUGCUAACAGUAAGCAAACUUUCUUGUGGGUCAUUAGGCCGGAUUUAGUCCAAGGUAAUUCAGAAAUAUUACCAAUCGAAUUCGUGGAAGAAACGAAAGAAAGAAGCUUGUUCCCAAGUUGGUGUCCCCAGGAGAAGGUAUUGAACCAUCCAGCCAUAGGUGGCUUCUUAACACAUAAUGGUUGGAACUCAACUCUCAAAAGCAUUUGUGGUGGUGUUCCGAUGAUAUGCUGGCCGUUUUUCGCCGAACAACAAACAAAUUGUAGGUAUGCAUGUACGCAUUGGGGAAUUGGUAUUGAAAUUGAUAAUAACGUGAAGAGGGAUGAAGUUGAGGAGUUAGUGAGAAAAUUGAUGGAAGGUGAAAAGCGCAAGGAAAUGAAGAAAAAAGUCAUGGAAUGGAAGAAAAAAUGUGAAGAAGCGGUUGCACCUGGUGGCUCAUCUUAUGCUAAUCUGAACCAGAUGAUUGGCAAAAUACUAAACACUAGUGCUAAAAUUAUUGAUUAAUAUUUCAUUUUACAAUUUGUUGAGCUUGGGUCCUAUAAUACUCAGGGGUUAGUUGUGGGAGAGUUUGAGAGAUUUUAAUGGAGUUAGCAAAUCCCCUUUUAGUCGUGAGAGAGUUUGUCAAAAUCUUUUAAAAUCUCUGUUAGUGGUGAGACAUUUAUAGGAGUUUUUAAAACUACUUCAAAAUCCCUUAAACUCCCUGUUAGUCGUAAAACACUAAAGUCAUAGGGAGUUUAUAAUUUGGGGGAGUUUGAGGGAGUUUCAUGAUGUUUUUAUGCUUGGACAAAAUCUCUCAAAAAACAAGAGAUUUCUGAGGAAUUUGGGUUAAACCCCCCAAAUUGCCUAGACUCUCUCACACUCACUCUAAAUCCCUAGAGAUUUAAAUACAUUAAAAUCUCUCAAACUCUCCCACAACUAACCCCUAGUGUCUCUGGAGAGUGAUGAUUUGCUUAUUUAAAAAAUAAAAUAAAAUAACUACUGUGAUAAAUAAAUAAAGGCAGGCUUAUCCAACAAAAUAAAUGUAAGA